UCUAUUCAAUUAGAUGCUGAAGAACAUGGCAAUCUCACCAUUUUCACCAGAAACCAAAAGGGGGACACAGAACAUCACACCAGUAUAUGCAUUCUAUGUAAUCAAGCACCCUUUAAGCCUAGCAAGGUAAUUAAUCUCAAACAAAGCAGGGAUGAGCCGUCCCAAGACUGGCAAACCAAAGAACCGUACACUGGUAACAUCUCAUUAUAACAUAAUAACAUACCAUAAAACAACUAACGAUGAUAGUAAUGUAAAUGAUAGUAAUAAUCCUCCUGAAAUA